GAAAGAUCAAGAAAUUAAAAAAAAAAAAAAAAUCCGUGCAAGAUCCUAUACAACAUCGAUCAUCUGUUCAAAAAUGGAUAUGGUUCCUCAACUCAUGGAAGGCUCUUCUGCUUACGCAGGUACCACAAACAUCUCCUCCUCCUCCUCCUCCGGAGCCACCCCAACACAACCACCGUCUUCCUCUCCUCCAUCGGCGAACUCAAGCCGUUACGAGAACCAGAAGAGAAGAGACUGGAACACGUUCCUACAGUACUUAAGGAACCAACGCCCACCGGUUUCGCUUUCCCGAUGCAGCGGAGCCGACGUGCUGGAGUUUCUCCGUUACCUGGACCAGUUCGGUAAGACAAAAGUCCACACGACGGUUUGUCACUUCUACGGGCAUCCUAAUCCUCCGUUACCGUGUCCUUGUCCUCUCCGGCAAGCUUGGGGAAGUCUGGACGCUCUCAUCGGUCGUCUUCGAACUGCUUUUGAAGAGAACGGAGGCCAACCCGAGACUAAUCCAUUUGGAGCACGUGACGUUAGACUUUAUCUAAGGGAGGUUAGAGAUAUGCAGAGCAAAGCUAGAGGUGUUAGCUACGAGAAGAAGAAGAAGAAGCCAAAGCGUCCUACUCUUCCUCCUCUGUCGGCUUCUUUUUCUUCUUCCUCCGCGGUAGCUAGCCACCAGCAACUUCAGAUGUUGCCGGGUACUAGUGUUAGUAAAAGUGAAAGAGUUUCCAAAGGAACAUCUUCAAAGGGACUACUUCACACUGUCUACAUCUACUGCGCAGAAACAUUGCAGUAUUCUUUUGCCAGCCACCUCUCGGAGGAUUUCCACCGGAAAGGCAUUGAUGCAUCAGUAAAUUGCAAUGAAUCCCUGGAUGUGAUAAAGGGAGCUAGCGCUUUUGUGGUGGUUUUAUCUAACGAUUAUUUGUCCUCCCCCUCAUGCCUGGACAAGCUCGUGAGGGUUCUUCAGUGCCGGAGGAAACACGUCCAGCUGGUGGUUCCAGUGUUCCAUGGUAUUAGUCCAUCAGAUGCGGUGGUACAGGAGCAAGAGUCAGAUGAUCGGAUAAGAGAUUGGACUAGUGCGCUCCAAGAGUUGAGAAAAUUACCAGGCAUACACUCUAGGGAGGAAUCUAGUGAUUGCGAACUUGUGGAAGAGAUUGUCAAAUGUGUGUAUGAGAAACUCUUCCCCAUGCAACAAAUUGGAAUUAACUCAAGGCUGGUGGAGAUAAAACAGUUGCUUUGCAAGCAACCAUGGGGUAUCCGUCGCAUUGGUAUUUGGGGUAUGCCUGGCAUUGGCAAGACGACACUUGCUAAAGCCUUCUUUGACCAGGUCUCUGGAGGCUAUGAAGCUUCUUGUUUCAUCACACACUUUGACAAAGCUUUCCACGAGAAGGGAUUGUACCGGUUGUGGGAUGAACAUUUUGGGAAAAUUUUGAAGGAUACAAGACCUAACCUCCCAGGGGGAAACAUAAGCAAGAAGAGAACUCUGGUUGUUCUUGAUGACGUGCAGAAUCCAUUAGUAGCCGAGUCUUUUCUCGAAGGGUUUCAUUGGUUUGGUCCAGGAAGCCUAAUCAUCAUAACCUCAAGAGAUAAAAGAGUUUUCCGCCUUUGUCAGAUUAGUCACGUGUAUGAGGUUAGGAGCUUAAAUAAGAAUGAGGCUCUGCGGCUAUUCUCUCAGUGUGCAUUUGGAAAAGAUAUAGAAGAAGAAAAUCUAUCGGAGCGACAAAAGGAAAUGCUUGACUAUGCUAAUGGAAAUCCAUUAGCCCUCAGCUUUUAUGGCGGAAAACUUAAGGGGAAGAAUCUGUCAGAAGUGAAGACCACAUUCCGAAACUUCAAGCUACAAAAUCCAAAUAUGUUUCAUGAUUUACUCAUGAGCAGCUACGAAACACUUGAUGACAAUGAGAAGGAAAUUUUUUUGGACAUUGCUUGUUUCUUCAAGGGAGAAGAUGUUGACAAUGUGAAGCAACUGCUUGAGGGAUGUGGUCUUUUUCCACAUGUUGGGAUUGAUGUUCUUGUGGAGAAGUGUCUGGUGACUAUUUCAGAAAACAGAGUUGAAAUGCAUAAAAUUAUCCAAAACUUUGGCAGAGAAAUAAACAACAGAGAAACAAUAGGGAUCCCAAGGAGUCGCAGGCUGUGGAAACCUUGUUGCAUCAAAUUUCUACUUGAAGAUGAAAAACCUGAAGCAUAUAGACAUCAUCCCAACGCAAUUUGUAAAGGAACUCUGGUCAGUGAAGACAUCAAAGCCAUAUGUCUGGAUACGGCGAAUAUGCUCUUUGAUGUUAAACCUUGUGCUUUUCAAAAUAUGCUUAACCUUAGGUUCCUCAAGAUUCAUUGUUGCAAUUAUGAAAGCAAUUCUGGAUUUAUUGUUCCUCAAGGUUUAUUGUUGCCUUGUGGGCUAAGACUUCUCCACUGGGAGAACUAUCCUUUGCAGACCUUGCCACAAGAAUUCGACCCUGGCCACCUCGUUGAACUCAAUAUGCCUUACAGUAAGCUUCAGAAACUUUGGAGAGGAACUAAGAACCUCGAGAUGUUGAAGAUGGUCAGGCUUUGUCAUUCCAAGAAGUUGACUGAAAUUGACGAUAUUUCUAGAGCUCCAUAUGUCGAGCUAAUAGAUCUCCAAGGCUGUACAAAAUUGCAGCGUUUUCCAGCCACAGAUCAGUUACAACAUCUCCGAGUUGUAAACCUCUCAGGUUGCACUGCGAUCAAAAGUUUCCCGGAGUUUUCACCAAAUAUUGAGGAACUUAAUCUCCAUGGAACUGCCAUAAGAAAGUUACAGAUAUCCAUUGGGAAAAAUGCCACUAAGCUCAAGACAUUAUAUCUUACUGAGUGUGCAAGUCUGGUGGAGCUCCCCUCCUCCAUAAGCAAUGCUACUAAUCUCAAGAGCUUAUAUCUAACUAAAUGCUCUAGUUUGGUGCAGCUCCCCUCCUCUAUUGGGAAUGCAUCUAAUCUUGAAAUAUUGGAUCUCAGUUUUUGCUCAAGACUGAUGGAGCUUCCUGCUUCUAUCGGAAAUGCUACUAAUCUUGAGAUCUUGAACCUAGAAUACUGCUCAAGUUUAGUGAAACUCCCUUACUCCUUUGGAAAUGCCACUAAUCUCAAGAAAUUGUGUCUUCGUGGAUGUUCGGGUCUUGUGAAGCUCCCCUUUUCUAUAGGGAAUGCUAUUAAUCUUCAAGAGUUGAAUCUCGAGUAUUGUUCAAGCUUGGUGAAGCUCCCCUCAUCGUUACGCAAUGCCACUCAUCUCAAGAAGUUAUAUCUGACUGGAUGCUCAAGUUUGGAUGAGCUCCCUUCCUCCAUUAGGAAUUCAACUAGUCUCAUAUCUAUAGAUCUCAACGAUGACAAUAGCCCGCCGAUUGUUACUGUUAGUGACAACUUAGGAUCCAGGUGUAUUGAGGUUAGGGGUGCAAAGGGAGGGAAUUUCUACGUACUGGAGGGUGAACAAAAGGAUGAACACUCGGUGUCUUUAAUUUUUCGCCUUGUAAAUGAGAAUGGACGUGAAAUGAUCACCUCUUGUUUCUCCUUCAAUCAGAGUAACGACAGUGCUUAUAAGGUGUCCAGCAAGGAAGUUAACUGACCUUCACGUCACGUUUAUAGCCGAACUGAUUGAUAUAUUACUUGUCAACUUGAUACCCACCUGGAAAACCCAAGUCACAGUCGAUCAUAUCAUCCAUUCACAACUGAAUCAGAAGUCAAGGAGUCAUCAGAGUGAAGCUAAGACUCAGAGAGGAGAGGAGGAGAGUGUUUUUCGUGAUUAUGCAUCGGUUAGUCACUCGGGGACCUCAGAUUCCUCACGAAUAAAAGAGGAAGGUGGGCAUUGUGUUGAUGAGAUUGAAGAAAAAGAGGGGAACUCAAGUCAAGAAGCAAACGAAGCAGUAAGCUUGGAGGAAGAAGAGAUAAUGGAGGAGAUAGAAGCUGAGUAUGAGGAAGAAAUGAAAGAGUUAAAGAGGAAAAGAGAAGAAGCCAUUAUGGAGAUGAGGAAAAAGCGGAAGUAAAAAUGAGUGGAAACUCUUUUGAGUGAUCUAAAAAUGGUCAUUGAAACAUAAGGAAGACAGUCGAAUUAUGAAGUAAACAAUAUUUUCCCAAGAUUGAAACAAAAGAACUUACUUGCAUCAUGGAAAAUGAUACUGAAAUCGAAACCAAUAACCAAACAAAAAAAAAUUAUAGAAUCAAAGGUUGAAA